UACCGUCUUAUCAGAAGAAGUCAAUUACCAGUCGGCUCAGUUCCCUAGCUAACCGAUAGCUACCACCAUGGAAGAAGCAAAAAAGAAAGAUAAUAAGCCUACAGAAAAGGGGGGAGAGAAGGACAAGGAUAAGGAAAAGGGACAACAGUCCCCUGGGAAAGAAAAAGAAAAGAAGGAGGAACAAGAACUAUCAGAGGAAGACAAGCAGUUACAAGAAGAUCUGGAGAUGAUGGUGGAGAGGCUGAGUGAGAAGAACACCUCAUUGUAUCGUCAAGCGCUAGAAGAGCUGAGGCGACAAAUCCGCUCCUCAACCACCUCCAUGACCUCCGUACCAAAGCCCCUGAAAUUCCUGCGCCCACACUAUGGCAAACUAAAGGAAAUCUACGAGCGCAUGAUCCCCGGAGAGAAUAAGCGAUUCUGUGCAGAUGUGGUGUCUGUAUUGGCCAUGACCAUGAGCGGGGAGCGGGAAUGUCUGAAGUACCGUCUGGUGGGCUCCCAGGAAGAGCUGGCCUCCUGGGGUCAUGAAUAUGUCAGGCACCUUGCUGGUGAGGUGGCAAAAGAAUGGCAGGAAGUGGAGGAGAAUGACAAAGCCCAGCAGGACACUCUGCUCAAACUGGUGAAGGAGAUUGUGCCCUACAAUAUGGCCCACAACGCAGAGCAUGAGGCGUGUGACCUACUGAUGGAGAUCGAGAGGCUGGACAUGCUGGGGGACUACAUAGAUGAAAACGCCUACGGAAAAGUCUGCCUGUACCUUACCAGCUGUGUGAGUUAUGUUCCUGAGCCAGAAAACUCAGCCCUGCUGAGGUGCGCUUUGAACAUCUUCAGAAAGUUUAACCGUUACCCAGAGGCCCUGCGGCUGGCCCUGAUGCUCAACGACAUGGAGCUGGUUGAAAACAUCUUCACAUCCUGCAAAGACAUAGUCAUCCAGAAGCAGAUGGCUUUUAUGUUGGGCCGUCACGGCGUCUUCUUGGAGCUCAAUGAAGACGUAGAAGACUAUGAAGACUUGACAGAGAUCAUGUCCAACGUUCAGCUCAACAGCAACUUCUUGGCCUUGGCCAGAGAGCUGGAUAUCAUGGAACCCAAAGUCCCAGAUGACAUCUAUAAAACCCACCUGGAAAACAACAGGUUUGGCGGCAGCGGCUCCCAGGUGGACUCGGCUCGUAUGAAUCUGGCCUCUUCCUUUGUGAAUGGCUUCGUCAACGCAGCCUUUGGACAGGACAAGCUGCUCACAGAUGAUGGCAACAAGUGGCUGUACAAGAACAAAGAUCAUGGCAUGCUGAGUGCUGCUGCUUCUCUGGGUAUGAUCCUGCUUUGGGACGUGGACGGUGGUCUGACUCAGAUUGACAAAUACCUCUACUCCUCUGAGGACUACAUUAAGUCUGGUGCGCUCCUGGCCUGUGGUAUUGUGAACUCUGGUGUGAGGAACGAGUGUGACCCAGCCCUGGCCCUGCUUUCAGACUACGUUCUCCACAACAGCAACGUCAUGAGGAUAGGCGCCAUCUUUGGACUGGGUCUUGCUUAUGCAGGCUCCAACAGAGAAGACGUCCUCUCCCUGCUUCUUCCUGUCAUGGGAGACUCCAAAUCAAGCAUGGAGGUGGUUGGCGUGACAGCACUGGCGUGCGGCAUCAUAGCGGUGGGGUCAUGUAACGGUGACGUGACCUCCACCAUCGUCCAGACCAUCAUGGAGAAGAACGAACAGGAGCUGAAGGACACUUACGCUCGUUGGCUUCCUCUGGGUUUGGGACUCAAUCACCUGGGUAAAGGGGAAGCAAUUGAGACGACCCUGGCAGCUCUGCAGGUUGUUCCCGAACCAUUCCGUAGCUUUGCUAACACAUUAGUGGACAUCUGUGCAUAUGCAGGGUCUGGGAAUGUGCUGAAAGUGCAGCAGCUUCUCCAUAUCUGCAGUGAGCACUAUGAAGCCAAGGACAAAGACAAGGAUGAGGACAAAGACAAGAAAGAUAAAAAAGACAAAGACAAGAAGGAGACAGCUGCUGAUAUGGGCUCUCACCAGGGAGUUGCUGUUCUCGGCAUCGCCCUGAUUGCGAUGGGAGAGGAAAUUGGUUCGGAAAUGGCUCUGCGAACAUUUGGACACCUGCUGCGCUAUGGAGAGCCCACCCUGAGGCGAGCGGUACCCCUGGCCCUUGCUCUCAUCUCUGUGUCCAACCCUCGUCUGAACAUCCUGGACACCCUCAGCAAGUUCUCUCACGAUGCUGACCCAGAGGUUUCCCACAACUCCAUCUUUGCCAUGGGCAUGGUGGGCAGUGGCACAAACAAUGCCCGCUUGGCAGCCAUGUUGCGACAGCUGGCCCAGUAUCAUGCUAAAGAUCCCAACAAUCUCUUCAUGGUCCGACUGGCACAGGGUCUGACUCACCUGGGCAAAGGCACACUCACACUCUGUCCCUACCAUAGUGACAGGCAGCUGAUGAGUCAGGUUGCCGUGGCCGGACUACUCACCGUGCUCGUUUCCUUCCUUGACGUCAAGAACAUAAUCCUGGGCAAGUCUCACUACAUCCUCUAUGGCCUGGUUGCUGCCAUGCAGCCCCGUAUGCUGGUUACAUUCGAUGAGGAGCUGCGACCGCUGCCUGUAUCUGUUAGAGUUGGACAGGCUGUAGAUGUUGUAGGUCAGGCAGGCAAACCCAAGGCCAUCACAGGUUUCCAGACUCACACCACACCAGUGCUGCUGGCUCACGGAGAGAGGGCGGAGCUGGCCACAGAGGAAUACCUCCCCGUCACACCAAUCCUGGAGGGAUUUGUUAUCCUCCGCAAGAACCCCAACUAUGAGACCUAGACUGCACCCGUUUUCUCUGGCCUUUCCUUGUGUCUGAGGGUUGUCCUUCGAGGCUAUUGGCAGUUGUUGUUUGGUUGUUGAUUGCAUUGCUGAAAGGACUCAAAACAAGCCCAUCAUCAUUUGUUGUCUGUUGCCCAGCUCCAGCACUCUUUAACAUGGAUGGAUGGGGUGUGUUUGGUUGGAGCGCUAUAAAAAGGAGGAUAAAUUGGAAUCCUUUUCAACCCAAGUGGUUUUCACAUUGCUCUAAUUUUGAUCCACUUUCUCCUCACAUGCUGACCCAGUUCUUUGACUGACCUGGGACCAGUUUAUUGAGAUGGAACCUGUGUCACUCUCCUGUAAAGUUUUCAGUCAUGAAUAACCGAUCCUGAUUGAACAUCAGGUAUUUUCAUUAGCAGACGUCCUUGGCCAACUUUUGUAACUAGAGCAUUUAAAGUUAUGUAUUCUACAUCUCUUUUGUUUUCUUUUUUGUUUGUUUUUUCUUUUGUUACAGUGCUGUAAAAGGUUAAAUCAACAAUAAAAACAGC